CGGCCGCCGUGCCAUGGAGGAGUCGGUGCGCGAGGAGCUCUCCGCCUUGGCGGCGAUCUUCUGCGGGCCCGGCGAGUGGGAGGUGCUGAGCCGCUCAGAGACAGAUGGGAUCGUGUUCAGAAUUCACACAAAAGCUGAAGGACUUACGGAUGCCCGAAUACCCUUAGAAUUGGUGUUCCAUUUACCGAUCAAUUACCCUCUGUGUCUCCCUGGUAUCUCGGUUAACUCCGAACACCUGACCAGGACCCAGUGUGUGGCUGUGAGAGAAAAGUUGCUGGAGCAGGCAGAGAAACUUUUGUCGGAACCUAUGGUGCACGAGCUGGUUCUCUGGAUUGAGCAGAAUCUCAGGCAUAUCCUCAGCCAACCAGAAACUGGACGUAGCGGUGAAAAGUGUACUUUGUCAACUUUGCUAGAUGAUGGAUUGUGGAUCACUCUUUUACAUUUAGAUCACAUGAGAGCAAAGACUAAAUACGUCAGAACUGUGGAGAAGUGGGCUGCAGAUUUAAGACUGACAGGAAGACUGAUGUUCAUGGGUAAAAUAAUACUGAUUUUGCUACAAGGAGACAGAAACAACAUCAAGGAGUACCUGAUUCUUCAGAAAACCUCCAAAGUAGAUGUGGACUCAAGUGGAAAGAAAUGCAAAGAGAAAAUGAUUAGUGUACUGUUUGAAACAAAAGUACAGACAGAACACAAAAGGUUUCUGGCAUUUGAAGUCAAAGAGUAUUCAGCGUUGGAUGAAUUACAAAAGGAAUUUGAAACUGCAGGACUUAAGAAGCUUUUCUCCGAAUUUGUACUUGGGCUGGUAAAAUGAAAUGGAAGAUAGCAGUCUUUUAGUAAAACAGCAGCGGUUUUGUUGUUAUUGUUGUUUCUGGGUUGAGUCUUGGGCGUGGCUAAUUGAAAUAGUCGUAGGGAGCAAUUUUAAAGUUUCUCUGAAGCAAGAUGACAGACAUCAUCCUAACUUCAGGAACAAAAGCUACUUCUGUUUAAUGGAAUAUUAAACAUUAAAAAAAAAACAUUUAUUCUAAUGUUUGCCAGGAAAGACUAGGUUCAAUAGAUAGAAUGUUAUUUGAGAGAGAAAUAAAAAAAGAUGAUGGCAAAUGAGCCCUUGUUUUUAUACAGAGAAUUUGUUUGGAACCGUGUAAUUUUCUGGUAAUUAAAUGAAUUUUUUAAAAAAGA